AUGCUGGAGUGGAAUGAGAGAGACCAACCAACUGGCAACUCCGGUGGUCUGUAUGGUUUUUUUUCAGGUGCAAUUGUAGCUGAAUGUAAAAAUUUCCCAAUCAAUUAUAAACAAUGGGCCAUGGUUCCAGACUAUCACAAGAAUCUUAUUUGGGAGCGAAUCCUCAAAGCUAAAUUUGAUGUCAGCACCGAUGAACAUAAAAAAUGGAUCAUGAUGGAUAUUGAAAAAAAAUGGAAAGAUAACCGAGCAAGGUUGUGGGGCAUGUUUAAAAAGAGUGGCAUGACCUUUGAACAAGGUGCUGAGCAUCGUCCAAAGGGGACAAAAUCAAUUGCAAGAAGGAUAACUGAAAUGGAAAUUGAAUUUGGCCACCCGAUAUCAAGAGCUGAAAUGUAUGCUGAAUCACACAAAAAGAAGGAUGGAACAUUUGUUAAUGAAGAGGCCAGACAAAAAAAUCUAUUGUUAGCCGCUCAAAAUGAUGGAAGUAUGACUCAAGAAGAAGCUUAUAUUCAUGUUUUUGGGAAGGAGCACCCAGGACGUGUACAAGGAAUGAGAUUUGUCGCAUACUUGGUCCGAAGCUUUGGAGGUCAAAUGUCGUAUAAUCUUGCACCCAAUGGACCUCAUCAGACUCCAGAUUUAGAAUCCCCAAAAGGUAUCAGAAGGUCUUCAUCAGCCAACUAUGACCCAUAUAUUUGCAAACCAGCCACACAAGAACGACAAAAUGAAGGAUUAACAACUCCUCUUGAUGACAUUUUCAUGGAUGACAUUUGA